CCUCCCACGAGGGAUGUGAUGCCACCGUCCACCAGAGCAAGAGGGGAUAGAGAGGCUACCCACUCCCACUUUCCAGUUUGAAGGAACCUACUUUUGUAGCCUCAUGAUCUGUACUCUCACCAUUUUUACCAUAUUCAUGGAAGCUUCAUUGUGUGUGGGGGACCCCAUCCCCUGAUUUUUCCAUUAGAACAGGUUAACUACUGGAUUAAUUAGUAGAUGGUGGUGUUUAGUUCACUCCUUGCUGUUCUCACUCAACAAUUCCAAGCUUUUGGAGCUGUCUGCAAUGGCUAGAUUCAGAAGCAUCAGUAAUAUAUCACAAGUUUUGUUUUUCUUGUUCUUCUCUUGGAGCUUAGGAACCAGUGGAUCUGAAGCAAAGGACACACUACUAUCAGGAGAGAGCCUUAGAGAUGGAGAGAAGUUGGUUUCUGCAAACAAGCUUUAUGAACUGAAGUUCAUAAACCUUCAGACUUCACAGAACCGUUACUUGGCAAUUCUGUCCUUGGGCUAUGAUGGUAGAUCAGUAUGGAUAGCCAACAGCAAGAACCCUCUCAUGGAUUCCUCUGGAGUAUUAACCAUUAAUGGAGAAGGUAAUUUGGUGUUAACCAGUGGCAAUGGCACUUCAUCAACCACUAUAAAUUCUGAAAAACCCACCAUGGGUGGUGGCAACACAAGUGCUACCCUUCUUGAUUCUGGUAAUUUAAUCCUUAGAGAUGGAGAGCAGAUCUCAUGGCAGAGUUCUGAUUAUCAUUCUCAUUACACAGUUUACCUUCAGAAUGAUUCCACUUCAGGGACUCAAACGACCACCCAGAAUGGAGAUUCUGGUCAUCCAACCAAGAGCAAGCUGUGGUUACAAGUCACAGUGUUAGUCUUAAUCAUUAUGUCAGCCUUUCUAAUAGCCUUCAUAAUCUGUAGAUUAAAGAGCAGGCUGUUUGGCAAUCAAGGAAAUAAUGUGAAGAGGGAAGAGACUGAAAGUGGGAGCUCAAAUUUGCUAUUAAAUAAGUUAAAUAGUGACAUAGAAGCUGCAUACAAAAAUAGCAAUGCAAGUGAUCAGCAGAAAUUGCGUGGGAACAAGGACUCUGAAUUGCCAUUAUUCAGUUUUUCUAACAUAGAAUCUGCUACAAAUAAUUUCUCUACUACCAAUAAGCUUGGAGAAGGUGGCUUUGGGCCAGUUUAUAAGGGUAAGUUGGUAGAAGGACAAGAAAUUGCAGUAAAAAGGCUUUCUAAAUUGUCAGGGCAAGGAAUGGAGCAGUUUAAAAAUGAAUUCACAUUGAUAUCUAAACUACAACACAGAAACCUUGUUAGGCUCUUGGGUUGUUGCAUUGAAGGAGAUGAGAAGAUACUAGUCUAUGAAUACAUGCCUAACAAAGGCUUGGAUUCUUUCCUCUUUGAUCCGGCGAAACGGACAUUAUUGGAUUGGAAAACUCGCAUUAACAUAAUUGAAGGGAUAGCACAAGGGCUUUUGUAUCUUCACAAGUAUUCUAGAUUGAGAAUCAUUCAUAGAGAUUUGAAGACUAGCAAUGUUUUAUUGGAUUGUGACAUGAAUCCCAAAAUAUCAGAUUUUGGCACAGCAAAAGUUUUUGGCGAGAAUGAAUCCCAAGCCAAUACAAAUAGAGUCAUUGGGACAUUUGGUUAUAUGUCACCUGAAUAUGCAAUGGAUGGCCUUUUCUCUGAGAAAUCCGAUGUAUUUAGUUUUGGGGUGAUGAUGUUAGAGAUUGUGAGUGGUAAAAAGAACAAUGGUUUCUAUCAGACAGCUUGUGAAUUAAACCUACUUGGAUAUGCAUGGGAGAUGUGGAAUAAGGGAAAAAUAUUGGAGUUGAUUGAUAGUACUUUAGUAGAUUCAUGUUCAAUGAAUGAAUAUGAAUUUAUAAGGUAUGUGACUGUGGGCUUCUUGUGUGUGCAAGAGAGUGCAGCAGAUAGACCAACUAUGUCUGAGGUUGUUUCUAUGCUUAGCAAUGAGACUACCGCUUUGCCAUCUCCAAAACAACCUGCUUUUACUAUAGGCAAAAGUAAUACUGGUGUUGAGUCUUCCUUAUCAUCUGGACAUGAAACUGUCAAUGAUGUAACUAUUUCAGUAAUGAAUGGUAGGUAGUACAGCACGAGAAUUUUUUUGGGUAAAUGUAUAGCCAGAGAUUUAUUAUUAACUCAUUAAGGCUCCUCCAUUUCUUUACCAAAAAUUAAGGUCCCUCCAUUUUGUCUGUUUCUAUAUACAUGAUUUCAUUAAUGUGUAUAUAGUCAUGUGGUUAGGAUUCAAGUCCACUUCUAUAGUCAUGUGGAGUAGAGUCCAGCAGUACUUGUUUUCUUCUUUUCCUGCCAAGAUAGGGUGUCAAUCAGUUUUUUCGAUCUGAUUUUGGUUCAGGUUGAGUCGAUUCGGUGUAGGAAUGAUGAAUCCGAAAAUAAAUCAAUGAGAAAACUUCGGCUUUGAUUUGAGUUA